AUGGAUAUGGACAGGGUGUUAAAGGGUUCACCUUGGACCUUUAACAACCAUCUAUUGAUACUUUACAAAUUGAAAGUUGGAGAGGAUCCGUUACAGGUCCCUUUAGUUUUCCCACCUUUCUGGGUUCAGAUCCAUGAGGUGUCAAUUGGUCUAUAUUCCGAAAAUUUAGCUACGCAGAUGGGGAAUUUUUUGGGGAAUUUUAUGGAAUAUGACGUCUCAUACUUGGGGAAAGAAAACAGGAACUUUAUGAGGAUCAGGGUCCAAAUUGAUGUAAGGCGUCCUUUGAAAAGGAGGAAACAAAUUUUAUAUAGGGAGAGACGUUCAUACAUCACUUUUAAGUAUGAAAGACUAUCACUUUUUUGUUUUUUCUGUGGAAGACUGGGUCAUAGUGAUUCGUUCUGUGAAACAAAAAUAAAUAUCGGAGUAGAGAUGAUAGAUAUGGGAUGGGAUUUAUCUAUCAGAGCACAAUCCCGAAGGUCACUAUCAAUGAAGAGUAUCUGGUUACGGGAGGAAACAGAUGGUGAUAGGGGAGGACCUGGUGAAGAAAAUAAAGAGGUCCGAAUGGGGCAACAGAAGAAAGGGGAAAAUUAA